ACAUGUUAUAUGUGGGGAGAAUGAAUGUGUUAGAUGUUGAAGAAAUAUAGGUACAAAUACAAAGGAUUGUACUAGUUGGCGCUUUGUUGUUUUUGCCCACCCCCUUGGGAUAAAAGCGGGAAUUUGUAUACCUAUGUACCUACUACACAGGAGGAAUUUCUCCAUUCAGACUCCAUCAUACAUAGUAGAGCUUUAAAUAAUAAAAAUGUCGAAGCAAAAGCAGCCUCAACAAAAAAGUUUGCUUCCGCAACUAAACAUUCUGCCAAAAAUUAUUAAUGGCGGUAUUGCGAGUAUUGUGGGUAUAUGCAUAGUAUUUCCAUUGGAUUUAGUAAAGACCAGACUUCAGAAUCAAACGAUCGGUCCAAAUGGCGAGAAGCAAUAUAAAAACAUGUUAGAUUGCUUCAAGCAGACAUACCGAGCAGAAGGCUACUUCGGUAUGUACCGAGGGUCUGGUGUCAAUAUCCUACUGGUCACACCAGAGAAAGCUAUUAAGUUAGCUGCCAAUGACGUAUUUCGGUACUAUUUGGCCAAUCCUGACGGAACUAUAUCGCUGUUAAAUCAGACGAUUUCUGGCGCUGGAGCCGGGCUUUACCAGGCUUUAAUCACCACACCUAUGGAGCUCCUGAAAAUCCAGUUACAGGAUGCUGGACGAAUCGAAGCACAAAUAAAAGCUGCGGGAGGAACAAUUCCGCCUAGACCAACUGCAUGGGGACUAACCAAAAAAUUAUAUUCUCAAGGAGGCUUUUUCGGAUUUUAUAGAGGCAUAAGAGCUACAGCGAUACGAGACGUCGGUUUCAGUGCGAUUUACUUCCCUAUGUUCGCAAUCCUCAGCAAGUGGGGACAGAAGCCAGACGAAAUAACACCACCAUUCUGGUGGUCGUUCAUUUCGGGCUAUGUUGCGGGAUCUACAUCAGCUGUAGCCGUCACUCCAGCAGAUGUGAUUAAAACUCGCAUGCAAACAAUCACCAAAGGCACUGGCGAACGGCAAUAUUCAGGGGUUGUGGAUUGCAUUACGUCCACGAUCCGGAACGAGGGCAUAACAGCUUUAUUCAAGGGUGGAUUGUGCCGUAUGAUCGUGCUUGCACCGCUGUACGGUAUCGUGCAGACGGUCUACUACCUCGGCAUUGCGGAAAGAUUACUAGGCUACAAUAUGGAGAAAUUCGUCUGAACAUUCAUCAAAUGAAAAGCUCUAGAUUGCUCACUGAUGAAGUGGUUCUUACACUAGUAUCGUUUUUCAAUAUUUGUAUAAGAAUCUUCGUAUUUUAAGUAUAUUUACUUAUACUACAGUUUCACUUCCAGGGGUGGUUUAACCAACAGUGCUAAGGGUAUGGGUGCACCCAAGCGCCGAAUAUUGAGGGUGCCAAGAGCCACACACAGUAGGAACAUAGAGUUCACGUAAUGGCCCAGUAGGUACCUAUAUUACUGGUGGUAGCCCUGGUAGAAUGCUGUCAUUAAAUAUGUUUUCAAAUGUUGUCAUUAAAUAUGUACCUACAUAUUUUCAAAAGAUGCAAAUAGGUUUUUUAUAGACUGAUCAAUCAAACCGUAUUCUGCAACGAACCUCCUCAAUGCUGUUACUUCUGCAAAAGAAGUGUUCUAGUACUAUUAUAGACAACGUGUACUCACAAUAAAAAAACAUAUUGUAUAGGUAGGAUACAAUCUGGUGCAGAUUUUACACAGAUAUGUAACAUUUAUCUACAGCCGACCAUGAUGAACCAAUAAGGAGUAAUUAUGUUGUGUAUGAAAAGUAAAAUGAAAUGAAUGAUAACCGAAAUGAGGCAAUUCGCAACCUGCAUAGAGAACAUAUUUACAGAAACGAUGAAGGACAAUGUGAAGCAAUUGUGUGAUAAUGAUAAGACUCACCACAUUAUAUGCACUAAGCUGAAACUGGACUACCAAACACUAAACAAAUAACGAAGGUGGAAAACUCGGUCGUCUGCUUCGAUUCCCUAAGGGAGACAGCAGCAUAUCAAACCCACAAGAAAAAUUAUUUACUUACUUUUGGAACUUAAUACAAUCAAUUUGAGGGAUUUGCUUGACCAAAGUUCCCAAGUGAGCUUGAAAACGGACAAUGCAGCACAAAUAAAACUAGGAAUAGUGGUGUUCAGCGUGACAUAAAAGAUAAAAGGAGACGGCAGUUUUAAUGAUCACAUAUACUGCGGUUUGAAGCUACAAAAGAUGUAUUGUCACUACUACUCAAACGCAGAACGUAUCGCUACGUCCUUGUUGCUUAAGCAGAUGUAGAAAACCUUUAUUGAUUCAUCUGAUUGAAAUACAUAAAACCACCAUCAAGGUAAUCUGAAGAACUUCCCUUAACGAAGGUCUACAAGAUAGGCGGCUGACCACCGUAACUUAUGAAAUUAAAAGUACAUUUUAUCUCACCAUGCGCACAUUGCGCACUGAACAUAAACCAAAGACAAUAUGGUAAAAAAGGUAAACUCGGUGAAGAUAAAACAGAUGCGUGCCCGAAAGCUAGAAAUAUCUUAAAUAACUAUACCUACGUGGUUUCCGGGAGGGACAUCCGACACUGAUACUAUCGAUGUUGGUAUCUAAAACAUAGCUCAGUGAGUUGCUAAAAAAAGGUUUUAUCUUAAGAAAAUGAAAAACAAACGCAAAUCAUUAUCUUAGGAGAAUUAAAAAUGUUAUGCAAAAGGUGGAGUCAACUUUUCGUAUGCCAAUGGAAUCCACCAAUAACUACAGAUUGUAGAUUUGAAACUUGGGUGGAACAAACGAGAUUGGUUAAUAACGACCAUGCUAGAAAACCAUCAAAAUAAUUGCCUAAGUUACAUACAUCAUAAAGACUGAGUUGAAAGAAACUAACUGCUGCAUACUCGCAUUUUAUACUGAAAAGUACGUACAGUACCUAAUUGUAAACGCUUAAUACGAACGCUUCUAAAGUUGUACUAAGGAUGCCUAUGCUAAUUAAACUCAGUUAAUUGCUUAACCGAGUAAACUAAAUAAAGUAGAUUAUAAUAUAAAUGUACUGGUUACCACCACUAUACGAGCAACUACAUUUAGGGUAGACGACUAAUUUUUAUUUUAAUGUCCGUCUGGUAGAUUAUUUAAA